CCCAGCGGAAGCGCGUUCCCGCAGCGCGCACCUUGACAGUGGUACCUGUCAAAGUGUCCCGCGCAGCUCGAGCUCAGUGGGCAUGCCGACAGCCGUGAGGCGGUCUGUCUGUCGGGGCGCAGAUCCGCAGCGUCUCCCUCCCGGUCAGAACCCCGCUCAGAAGGUGACCUUGCGUGAGAGGACUGCGCACCGGCGCGCGAAGCUGCUCCCCCGCACCUCUGCGGCGCCCCGCACUACACCGGAAUGGGCUGUGAAUGGACUGAAGCCCGGACGAGGGUACAGGCUGACGGAAGUCCGCAGCGGACCGACACCGCGCUAGCGGCCGGCGUGACCCACAUACCGCAGAGCUGCGUGGACGCAUCUUCAGGACAUCUCUUCUGCGUGGGUCCGGCAGGCGGGAGCGCGCGCAGCCUCUGAGCUCACUGAAGUCCUAUGCAAACCGGGAGCUCAGCCUGCUGGAGUUUCUGCUGACCUUCACGGAGAUGCUGAGUGGGUCAAGGAAACCAAAGGAAACCAAGCAAUAGUUCUGAGGGUUCUGGGUGUGAGCGGCUCGGCUCAUCAGAUGUGCUACUGCUCCAGAGCCGUCCAAAAGGCCAGAAUCAGACCGGAGCUGGACCAGCCUAGACCUCCAGACCAAACCUGACAGACCUCCUGUGGUCUCGCCAUGCUGCUGAACUGUGGACAGCCUCUGCUGAGGCACACAGACGUGCCGCCUCGAGUCAUAGAAAACUUUAUCCUGACGGGCUACCGGUUCCCAAACUACAGCCUGCGCGACUGCCUCCUGUCUGCCUUCAGGCCCACCAAUGAAACCGGCAACUUCUGGACGCACUUUCUGCCUGUUUUUAUUUUUGCGUACCACUUUGUGGAGGUGUUUGGUUGGAACGGGGCACCUAAUGGUAGUGCGCCCUUUUUUUAUCCACUGUGGAACUACUUCAUCGGGGUGUUCUGUCUUCUGAUGGCAAGUAGCAUGGCCCACCUGCUGAACUCCAUGUCCCUGGUAGUCAGGGAAGUGUGCUUCUUUGUAGACUACGGCACGAUCAGUGCCUACACGGUCGGCUCCUCGCUGGCGUACUACUACUACAUCCAUCCUCGGGCCGGGGUGGCAGACGAAGGGACUCAAAACAACACCUUUGUGUAUUUGAGUAAUGAAGGUCUGAUGGUACCAGAGUUCAGGAUGUUUUUUGAGACCUUCUACAUCCCGAGUGCAUACGUUGUAGCCAUCAUAUGCGUCUUAUCUUGCUGCAACACUCGUCAGAGGUGGAGGGAGCAUCGCUACAUCAUCCGGACUCUGGUCUUCCUCCUUCCGUUUCUCGUCUCCUCCACACCGAUCUUCUACCGCCUCCUCACCAGGUCACCUUACUCUGCUGCCUCCUCAUCCUUCUCUGUCUCCACCUCCAUGUCUAGCUUCUUCUACCGACACUGUCUCUGGCUGCUGGUGUCGGCACUCUUCAACAUCAGCAAGUUGCCUGAGCGGCUGGCUCCGGGUCGCUUUGACAUCUGGGGCCACAGCCACCAGUGGUUCCACUGCUGCACCUUUCUGUCCAUCCUGGACGAGCUUCACAUGAUAAAGGCAGAAGUCAGGGCUAUCCUGCUCCACCCGGAUUUGGUCCUGCCCCCCAACAGCCUCUCCCAGCUGCCAGGACCCUCCAUCUCCUCCACCUACGGAGUGAUGCUGCUCCUCCAGACCACCAUCGUCUCCAUCAUCCUGUGGUUCUCAUGGCAUGCCAACCAAAUCUACGGACCACAAAGAGACCAGCUGGAGCAGGAGCAUCGCAAGAGGCAAUAAAUCUUUUUUUUACCAUUUGACUACAGAGCCAUAUCAUGUGAACGGAAGCGCACAAGAAACAUUCCAUAACAAUGGGAAUCAGCUGAGGAUGAAAGAUGCUGUGCAGAGAAGGAUUUUUUUCUCAAUCAUGUUCCAACAGGAUUUCUGAGUAGUGACAAUAAAAACUACCUCUGAGCUCCAAACUCAAGGACAGCAAAAGAACUCCUGAGAACUCUGCAGGUCGUUUCAUAUUCAGAUCAACUUCCCUGCUGUCAGGUUCCUUUUUUCUUUUGCUGCACUUCCUGUUCUUAAACAUCAAACUGCACUUUCCGAACAUCCUCUGCUGUCAGUGUCGUUCAGCUUAUUGUUUCUCUUUGUAUUCAUGCUUUGUUUUGUGUUUGUCUGCUUCACUGUUCUUCAGCUUCCGCUACAUUUCAGGAAGAAUGGUUUCCUCUUUGUUGAGCCCUGCGGCAGGAAGGGGCCGGCCUUACAGACCGCCACGGCAGAGGCCGUCUUAAAGAAAAAGCACUUUGUGGGGCGAGUGAGACUCGCCCUGUCAUUGAAAAGCCAUCUUCUCCAGUUUGUUUAGAUUAAUGUGACACAUUCAUGGUGCAUCUAAUGCAUGUGCUGCUCGUGCGGUUUGCCCCCUCAUGACGAGCAGACCAAGCGCUUACAGCAGUCCUGUUCAGAUGUGACGUAAACAGAUCUGAAGAAAAGCAAAAGCUGGGUGGAACUCUUCGUCCCUGGAUGAAUUCCACUGUAAAAGAUAAUCCAACUGCUAGCUUGUUGGAUUAUUUUGGCAUUUAUUAAGAUUUUUUAGGCUAAUGUGGAGUUUAGCUAAUAUUUCAGCUACAUGCUAGCUGUUUUGCCUAAAUUAGGCUUUUUUCAUUUUUUUAGGCCAAUUGAGCG